GUUUCCUCUUUAUUCAGUCAGGUGACCAGAUUCUAUGAAGAAAAUUCUCGUCGGAAAAUCUGUGAAAACAUAACUAAAUCUCUGUUUAAAAUAUACUAAAUUACAUUUGAUUCUUCGACAUGGCUUCAAGCAACGUUGACGAACUUAUUUCAUCUCAUCUUGAUGAGAAAAUUGAUAUGAUUGCUGCUACCAGCGUUCUUCAGCAGCAAGCUAGUGACAUCAGAGCCAACAAAAUCAACUGGCAAUCAUACAAUCAGUCGCAGAUGAUUUCCAAUGAAGACUAUCAAUGUAUCAGCGCUUUGGACAGUGACAAGAAAUCGCAGUAUUUGAAGGAUCAACCUUAUCAAGCAGCCAAGACGUUCCUCAACCUUUUGAGUCAUGUCUCGAAGGACACCACCAUCCAAUACUUGCUCGUUAUGAUUGAUGACCUUUUGACAGAAGAUCGCUCUCGUGUCGAAAUCUUCUUGGAGUAUGCAUCAAAGCGUAAAGAGAAUGUUUGGGGACCUUUCCUGUCUCUUCUCAAUCGUUCUGACGGAUUCAUUAUCAACAUGUCCUCGAGAAUUCUUGCUAAACUCGCUUGUUGGGGACAAGACCAAAUGCCCAAAUCUGAUCUUAAUUUCUACUUGCAAUGGCUUAAGGAUCAACUCACGACUACUGCUGCGGCUUAUGUCAAAGAGAUGGAAGAAUUAUUGAAGCAUCGGGUGCAUAAAGAUAAGGAAAAUCAUCAUCACCAUCAUCACCACCACCUGUUUCAUUUGCCAGGUCAUCAUCAUGCAAAUAAGGAUCACCAAAGUCAACAGCAAGCGGCGGCUAUGGAGAAAUAUCGUGAAGUGUCAAGUGCUAUCGAUGAGCCCUUAAAUGGAGCACAAUCGAGUUCAUCUACGAGCUCGACUUUAAAACUAACGAACAAUGAAUACAUUCAAUCAGUUGGACGUUGUCUUCAAAUGAUGUUACGUGUUGAUGAUUAUCGUUUUGCGUUUGUUUCUGUUGAUGGAAUAAGCACAUUGAUUUCAAUUUUGUCAUCACGUGUCAACUUCCAGGUCCAAUAUCAGCUUGUUUUCUGCUUGUGGGUGUUGACUUUCAAUCCACUUCUUGCUGAAAAGAUGAACAAGUUCAAUGUCAUUCCAAUUCUUGCUGACAUCUUGAGCGAUAGUGCUAAAGAGAAAGUGACAAGAAUCAUUCUUGCUGUAUUGAGAAACUUGAUUGAAAAGCCAGAAGACGCCCAGGUUGCUAAGGAACAUUGCAUCGCUAUGGUUCAAUGUAAAGUUUUGAAGCAACUUUCAAUUCUUGAACAACGUCGUUUUGAUGAUGAAGACAUUACUGGUGAUGUUGAAUUUCUCACUGAAAAACUUCAAAGCUCCGUUCAAGAUCUUUCGUCAUUCGAUGAAUAUGCAACGGAAAUCAAAUCAGGACGUUUGGAAUGGUCACCUGUCCACAAAUCAGCCAAAUUCUGGCGUGAAAAUGCUCAACGUUUGAAUGAGAAAAAUUAUGAAUUGUUGAGAAUUUUAAUUCAUUUGUUGGACACUUCAAAAGACCCAUUGGUGUUGUCAGUUGCUAGCUAUGAUAUCGGUGAAUAUGUUCGUCAUUAUCCAAGAGGAAAGCAUGUCAUUGAACAAUUGAAUGGCAAACAAUUGGUGAUGCAACUUCUCGGACAUGACGAUCCCAAUGUUCGUUAUGAAGCUCUUCUUGCUGUUCAAAAACUCAUGGUUCACAACUGGGAGUAUCUUGGAAAGCAGUUAGAGAAAGAAACUGAAAAAGCGCCAGGACAAUCCGGAGCUGCAAUUGCUGCAAAAUCUUAAAAAACAUUGCGCAUGGACGCACUACAUUUAGUAUUAUAUCUUUAUUUCUUCCAAUGUUUUGACUGUAACUCGAUGACUAUAAGUAGACGAAUAUAAAUUUACAGUUGGCCGCGGCAAAGUCUUUGGCAGGUUGUUUGAUUUUUGUCAUAUUAAAGAUGAUCGAGAUACAAUCAGAACGCUGUAUUGUUUUCUUAUAAUAUCUUCAACAGAUUUGUAAAUAAUGAGACGUUUCACAUGUUACAAUUCAACCUUGUUUUACUCUUAUUUUGUCAUGAAUUUUAUGAAUAAUUGUUUUUGAAAGUUUAAUGUUAGCCAUUCCAUUGAACCUGCUGCAAUUUGUGUUUUACGUGGGUGGAAGACGGGGGGAUAAAAAGAAGAAAUUGUCAGCAAGAAAUAAAAAUUAAAAUAAAUUGUUGUAAAUUAAUCAAACGAAAAUAUUCUAUCAUUACAAAAGAUUCAUUUAUUAAAGAAAAAAGAAUAAAAUCAAUGUCGAUAUAUAAAGAAAACAUAAAUUUUAUCCUAAAUUAAAAAUAACUUCUCUUUGAUUUCUUAUAAUUGUAAACGAAAUUGUGCUACAUAUUAUAGAAAACUAUUAGAUAUCACAAUAAUUAAAAGAUAUUACAAAUAAUUAACUUGACUUUUUACUUUUAAAUUGAUGGGAAAAUAUUUGCAAGUCAUGAAGGGAAAAAUGGUGAACAAAAGUCAUGACUCGAAUAAAUUUUUCUCUUUGAUCAGACAAUAAGAUUUAAUAUAAAAUAUGUUUAUCUUUACUUUAAUUAAACUUCGUCUCUCGUAACACUAUAUAAAUUAAAAAGAAAGCUGAGAUUAUAACUCUUUGAUUUCUUUAAUAAAAUGAAUGAACAGUAGACUCGUCAGGGGGAUUUGAUGUUGUUACGUUCUUAAGUGAACUGUUCAUUCAUGAGAUAUAUUAAGAUAGAAUCUUUAGGCUGAAGGGUUUGCAAUGAAAAUAGAUGACCCUUGAAAGAAUCUACCGUAAUAAACAAGGAAUGUCCCUCCAAUCUUUCCAAACAUCGAUUAAAUAUAUUUAAGCUUAUACUGUCAACAUUGAUAAUAUUAAAACCCAACGCACAACUGGCUGUCUCCAGUAGAUUUUUGUUGUCUUUUAUCCAUUCGUGCGUAGGGAAAAAUUAAUUAAAUUAAACUUCAUUAUUUCCAUUUCUCCAUUACUUGGGAAUACCGUCAAAAAAUAUUUGAUUAAUUGAUCCUUGUAGUGUUGAUAUGACAUUCGAUUUAAAUAAAUUUUAUUGUAGAAGUGGCUCAGUGUCGCUAGAAUUCCCAGUGUCACCGACUCCAAUUCUAUUCAGGUACUUGUUUCUCACUUCACGUGCUUGUCGAUCAGGUUCGUCACUCCCUUCAUCGUUAAUUGAUGACGAAGUUAGUUGGGGAAGUGUCGUUUUGGCUUGUUCUUCACGUUCUGAUGGUGUCAUGUUAAGAGUGCCAUUGUUAUUGAAAUCUUGCAGCCAAAUGAUGACAGUAGCAAGAAGGGCAACACUCAACCAACCAAUGAAGAAAAGCUCAAGCAUUAAAUAUCCUCCUUUGUCAACAAUCACACCAGCAAACAUUGAAACAACUGCAAGUCCAAGAUUCUGAACUGAUUGGCAGAUUCCAUAAGCUGUUCCAAGUUGAUAUUCUGGAAUGAUGAGUGCAACAAGCGGCCAUAAACUGCUUGCUAACAUUGAGUAAGCAAUUCCCAUAAGUAUUGUUCCGAUGUAGGGAUUGACGAAGGAGAAAGCAAGCAGAGCAUGAGCACCGAUUGUGAUAACCGUUGACAUGAAAACCCACAUAACGUUACGCCCUGUUCUGUCUACGAUGUAACCGCAUAGUGGACUGGCGAUAGCAGCAAUCGAGUAAAUAACUGAGUUCACUGUGUUGGCCUGUUCCGGUGUGUAAUCAUAUUUUCUCUCAAAGAAAACUCUUCCAAGUGCAAUAAAUGGAAAUAUUGCGACGUAAUAUGCGACACAAAUGACGGAAACCAUCCAGAAGCUAACUUUGAAUGUUUUGACAUCAGAAAGAUGUGGAGUUUCACCUUCAGUGUUUUCAACACGUCUUAGAUAUGUUUCAGCUCUUUUAUCCA